AUGGCGGAUGAAACAUGGAAAUUGAAUGUGAUUUUUGGUAUACAUAAUCAUGCAUUGACUGACAAGCUAGUCAGUCAUCCCAUUGUAUGUCGACUUGUUCCGGAGGAGAGGGAGCUUGUUUCGGACAUGACAUUAAACAUGGUGGUGCCCAAAAAUAUACUCGCAUCUUUGAAACGGAAAAAACUUUUAAAUAUUUUAAAUAUCAAGCAAAUAUACAACGUGUGUACUCGAAACAACAAGGUCGUAAGAGGACUAAGAUCUAAGAUACAAGAACUGUUGAAGCUUUUGGAAGAUGACACAUAUGUUUCUAGGUAUAGAGUUUUUGAAGAUAAAGUCACAGUUCGAGAUAUAUUUUGGAGUCAUCCUGAUUCCAUCAAGUUGUUCAAAACAUUUCCCAUCGUGCUCGCAAUUAACUCAACAUACAAAACAAACGAGUAUAAACUUUCACUCUUAAAAAUUGUUGAUGUAACUUCUACAGAGAUGACACAUGUUGUCGAUUUUGCAUUUUUGAAAUCCGAAAAAGAGGACAAUGUUACGCGGGCUUUAGAAUAA